AUGCAUCUGGGCCUCACAGGAUCUCUUUGGAUUGUCACUGUCCUCUCAAGCUUGUUUAUAUUUAUGGUGUCAUGCAGUUCUAUAGGUUGCUCUUGGGAAAAGGCAACAGAUGCAUGUGGGCUCAGCAGGCACCGCACUUCAUGUCAUUUCUACAAGAAGUCUAGCUUGCUUGCAACUCAACAAAGAUGGGAACGUGCCAAAGAGUCUGUCACUGCAAAUUUGGCUCUCAACUGUGACCUGCCACGGCCAUUUGUGAACCCUUCACAUAGAAUUGGCCGUCCAAAACCAAUUGCUGCUUACUGGUCACUGGCAGAGGAGAGGAGAGGGUCUGCCUCUUGCAUAUUUGAUACACCUGAACCCAGUCUUGUAGACCCCCAGCACUGCAUUGAAACAGAUGUCCCACAAAACGAUAACAAUGUUGAGAUGAAUAUUGAUGUAGAUACCUCUGAUGAAUGGGCACGCCCUGUCAGACAAAUCCCAAGGCAUUAUGUUAACAUCAAUCGCUCUGAAGAGGAUCUCAAUAUCUCUGAUAACGCUGACAAUCACAAUGUGUCGACUCAAAAUUCUGGUACCCUUCCAGCUCAAGCUAGGAUCCGACGCCUUCUUCUAAUGCUUGCAGAUACACUUCAGACCACCUUUAAUUCAUUUGGUAUCUGCAGACUUUACCCUCAUCACCCUUCUUUUGAGCCGGAUAAAUUUGUUUCAUCCUCGUUACUUGUGAGGACGUGUCCCAAUGCUGCUGAAGGCAGUGAUUCUCCACUGCAGGUCUAUGCUCCCCCAUAUCCUUUUGCAAAUAUGACAAUCUAUUGGCUCAUCUCCUGGAUGAAUUCUGGUAGCAGUCGAGUAUUGGAAUCUAAAGUUGCAUCCCUCAUCAAUGACAUAAUGCUGGCAAAGGAUUUUGACCCCAAACACCUUCAGGGGUUCUUGGUAAGGCGGAGCUUGUGA